CUCUCCCUAGGCUCUGCCACGGGUUUUUUUGGACCAGGGCUCCCGGGCGCUUCGGCGCUUCGGGUCGGGUCCCGGCCAUGGAGCCCCCCGCCGACCUGGAGCUGCGCCUCGCGGGCCUGGAUGGCGGGGAGCUGCGCUUCAGCGUGGCUGGGGAGAUGCGGGGCACUGAGCUGCUGAGACUUGUGAGGUCGCAGCUGCCCUCGCGGCCCGGAGGUGUGCUCAGCCUCUGGUUCGGCAACACCAAGCUGGUGCUGAACCAGACUUUGCGGGAGGGCCUGGAGUCAACGGAGGGCACCUUCACCUACACGCGCACCAACGUGCUUAAUGCCUACAAUCUGCUGAGUCAAGCUGACACAGAUCUCAUCUAUGACUUCUACAUGGGUAGUUCGGAUAGUGAUGGUGAUCAUGAUGAUGUGGGAGCUAUGGAGAAUGCCAUAGAGGCACUGGAAGGCGUGACAAAGAUUUGCUGGGGACUAGGAAGUCACAUGCGCCCCGUGCUGGAAAAAUUGCCAGACACCUUAAAAAGCCUGAGCUUCCACAAGCACUUCAACCAAAACUUGGCGGGACUCACUCUGCCCAGCAGCUUGGAGAAUCUAACCUUUGGAUGGACCUUCAACCAAAGCUUGAAAGGAGUUACCCUGCCCAGCUUGAGGAGCCUGACUUUCGGCUGCUGCUUCAAUCAGUCUAUGCAUGGUGUCGUUUUACCAAGCAGCCUGCAGAGCCUGACUUUCGGAAGCGCCUUCAACCAGAGCUUAAAGGGAGUCGCUUUGCCCAGGAGCUUGCAGAGCUUGACUUUCGGCUGCGGGUUUAACAAAAGCUUGAAGGCAGUCAAUCUGCCAAGCAGCCUGCAGAGUCUGACUUUGGGCGACGGAUUCAACCAGAGUUUGAAGGGACUUACCUUGCCCAGCACUUUGCAACACCUGAGUUUCGGUCACAACUUCAACAGAAGCUUGGAGCAAAUCAUUCUGCCUGGCCGCUUGCGGAGCCUGACCUUGGGGGAUUCAUUUGAUCUAAGCUUGAAAGGAGUCUUCUUGCCCAUGAGUCUGCAGAUUCUGACUUUCGGGCAUCGCUUCAACAAGACUUUGAAGAACGUCAGCUUGCCGCGCAGCUUGCAACGCCUGACGUUUGGCAGGUGCUUCAACCAAAGCUUGAAGGGGCUCGACUUGCCAGGUUUGCAGAGCCUGGAUUUCGGCGCUGGCUUCCGCCAGAACUUGGAGGGAGUCAAUGUAAGCAGCUUGCAGAACUUGACUUUGGGCUUGGGCUUCCAAUCCUUGACAAUGUUUCAGAGCUUGCACAGCCUCACGCUGGGCGACCAGUUCGACGGAAGCCUAGAAGGGAUGCUACCCUGCAGCUUGAAAAACCUGGUGUUUGGCGAAAGCUUCAACCGAAGCUUGAAGGGAGUCAAUCUGCCCAGCAGCUUGCAGAACUUGACGUUCGGGUUUUGCUUUGACACCAGCUUAGAUGGAGUCAGCCUGCCCAGAAACCUGCAGAGCCUUACUUUCGGCCAGCAGUUCAACCAAGGCUUAAAGAAAGUUGCCCUGCCCGACAGCUUGCAGAAGUUGACAUUUGGCAACGGCUUCAACCGAAGCUUGGAGGGAGUCAAGCUGCCAACUGGCCUGCGCAGUUUGGACCUUGGCAUGGACUUCAACCAACGCCUGGAGAAAGUCGUUCUUCCCGACAGCUUGCAGAGCCUGUUUUUCAGCGACGAGUUCAACCAGCCCAUGGACAAAGUCGAUCUGCCAAGCAGCUUGCAGAAUCUGACCUUUGGCGCCGCCUUCAACCAAAGCUUAGCGGGGGUUACUCUGCCUAGUAGCUUGAGGAGCCUGACUUUCGGAGAUGAAUUCAACAGAAGCCUAGAAGGAGUCGACCUGCCUAGCAGCUUGCAGAGCUUGACGUUUGGCAGUUUCUUCUACCAAACCUUGGAAAAAGUCGUUCUGCCUGGCAGCUUGCAGAACCUGGCCUUUGGCGAGGAUGAGCAAAGGCACACACUGACAGGUGUCGCUUUUUCCGGCAUGCUGAGCUCUAUAGAGGUUCAUUGCUUGAGCAUCGAGUGCUCUUGAUCGGCUUUAUUUUGUAUAUUUGACGCUCGUCGGCAGUGAAGAACGGAUUGCCAAGAUUGCAGGCCGGGGGCAGCUACGGUCUCGCCCAGGGAUCUGGGAAGGUUUUUGGAAGCUUCCAGCGCUGCUUUCUUCCCUUCUGCAGAAUCUCAGCCAUGAGUGGCGCAGGCUAGU